GGGGGAGAGUGCUCGGCACCGAGGAUCGCGGCGCACGCGAAGGACCUCGAGCCGGGGCUGGGGUCGGGACCUGCCUCGCCAGUGUGGCAGAAGGCGGCGGGCAGGGUGCGGAAGGACAUGGUCUAUAGCAAAGGCAGAGUAACGAGUCCUUCCUUUUCCGGCCGGGCUGCAGCGGAGGCGGACGGGAGCACGAGAGGCUCUGGCGUCGCCGCCAUGGCUUGUGCUCGACCGUUAAUAUCCGUCUACUCUGAGAAGGGGGAAGCAUCAGGCAAAAAUGUCACCUUGCCUGCUGUCUUCAAGGCGCCCAUUCGCCCCGACGUCGUGAACUUCGUUCACACCAAUUUGCGCAAGAACAACAGGCAGCCCUACGCUGUCAGUGAGCUUGCAGGUCAUCAGACCAGUGCUGAAUCUUGGGGCACUGGGCGAGCUGUUGCUCGUAUUCCUCGAGUCCGAGGUGGUGGAACCCACCGCUCUGGCCAGGGUGCCUUUGGAAAUAUGUGUCGCGGAGGCCGCAUGUUUGCCCCGACCAAGACAUGGCGGCGCUGGCACCGCAGGGUGAACACGACUCAGAAGCGUUACGCCAUCUGCUCCGCCCUGGCAGCCUCAGCUCUCCCCGCGCUGGUCAUGUCGAAAGGCCACCGCAUCGAGGAGAUUCCAGAAAUUCCUCUGGUUGUUGAGGACAAGGUGGAGAGUUACAAGAAAACCAAGGAAGCUGUUCUCCUUCUGAAGAAGCUGAAAGCCUGGAAUGACAUCAAAAAGGUUUAUGCUUCUCAGCGUAUGCGGGCCGGAAAGGGCAAAAUGAGGAAUCGCCGCCGCAUCCAGCGGAGGGGACCCUGCAUCAUCUACAACGAGGACAACGGCAUCAUCAGAGCUUUCCGGAACAUCCCAGGAAUUACUCUUCUCGAUGUGAACAAGCUGAACCUGCUGAGACUCGCUCCUGGGGGCCACGUUGGGCGUUUCUGCAUUUGGACGGAAAGCGCGUUCCGCAAGCUGGACGACCUGUACGGCACCUGGCGCAAACCCGCCACGCUCAAGAGCGACUACAACCUGCCGAUGCACAAGAUGACCAAUACGGACAUUGGGAGAAUCAUGAGAAGCCAGGAGAUCCAGAAGGCGCUGCGUCCUCCCAAGAAGAAGAUUCGCCGCAGGGUCCUGAAGAAGAACCCGCUGAAGAACCUGAGAAUCAUGAUCAAGCUGAACCCGUACGCCAAAACCAUGCGCCGCAACACCAUUCUGCGCCAUGCGCAAAACCAUAAACUGAAGGAGGAGAAGAAAGCAAAGGCCAAGGCCAAGCUGGAGGCGGAGAAGGCAGCCAAGGGCGCUGCAAAGGCCAAGGCUGAAGCGUAAAUCUCAUCUGCUUCAUCCGUUUCGGUUCAGACAGCUGUACCGUGGAUCUGCAACUAUUAAAUUCUAUUGGAACAGAGAAA